AUGCCUCGUACAAUCCGGCGCACUGAGAGCCCUCGAAGCGUCUACAGGACCCUUCCAUCCAACGUCACACCGGAUAUGGGCAUCAUCAAGACUGAGAUGACCCCCAGUCCCCAUCUCCUCGAUCACGGAUAUGGGGCAACGCCUUUAAAUCAACUGAUGUCCGCAUCGACACCGGUGCAGGCGCCGCCUGUUAAACGAAAACUUAAUUUAGACAUAGUGAAGAGGAACGUGAUCAUACCGUCGGUGGUGCCGAUCGGCAACGAAUUCAAAACGCCGCCGCCGAAGAAGCCGAAGAGGGCGACGGCGACGCCGGCGAAGAAGAACACCAGGUACGACACAUCGCUGAGCCUGUUGACCCAGAAGUUCUCCGAGCUGUUGGAGAAGAGCCCCAACGGCGUCGUCGAUUUGAACAAGGCCUCGCAGGAGUUGAAGGUACAAAAAAGGAGGAUCUACGACAUCACGAACGUUCUCGAAGGCAUAGGCAUAUUAGAAAAGAAAUCCAAGAACAACAUCCAGUGGAAAGGUACAAACGGCCACAGCACCGAAUUCCUGGCGCUGAACAAACGCCUAAGGAACCUCGAAGAAAUCGAAAACGAUCUUGAUCGAAUGAUCGAUUCGGCGGCGAGCGAACUGAACAAAUUGACCACCGACAGGUUCGGCUACGUGACGUACCAAGACCUCCGCUCGAUCGAGACCUUCCGCUACAAGACGGUGAUGGCGAUCAAAGCGCCGCCCAACACACAACUGUCCGUGUCCAGGACGGACGAAUCGGAGGACAAGUACUCGAUCCAGAUGAAGAGCGAAACGGGCGAGAUCGACGUGUUCCUCUGUCCCGAGAACGUGCCGCCCGUCAAACCGAAACAAGCGCCGCCCGCCGACGUGCUUCCCAGGGACAUGAAGCUCAGUCCCAACGAUCUGUUCGAUCUGAAGACCCCUCCAGUGCCUCAAUUAGAUAGUCCGACGCCCAAGUUGAUCUCUUCGCAAUUGUGCAAAAAUCUGACGUUCGAUCCCGGUGCGAGCAGUUGUAACGGAAACGACGUCCAUGCCGGUCAAGAGAUGGCGCUCCACGGCGGUCAGAUGACCGGCAAUCAGCAACCGUCGCCCGUCGAGCCGCUGAUGAGGAACGACGCGUUCUGCGAUUUCGGGCGGUUCAACUCACAGACUGAAUUUAAUAACUUAGAUCCUUUUUUAUGCAGCGAACUCGUCCAGUUGGAGCCGCUCAUGCAGCUCGAGUACAACUUCAAUUUAGACGCGACAGAAGGCUUGGCGGAUCUCUUCGACUAUGAUUUCCUUUCAUAUAAACAGUAACCUUUUGCUCACCUUUGUACAAAUUACACUUAAAAGAUGUCGAUCGGUUUGUAGAAAAAUACGGCGUGCUUACGAAACGCGUAAACUUGAUGUGGAUUCGAAAAAGUGUGCGAUAAGAUUCGGUUUAACGUCCCUCUUUGGAUUGUCGGGUUGUUUUUUUUUUUCGUUGGGAUAUUUCGAAAAGGGAUUUUAAAGUUGGCAUCACUGUUCGCAAAAUUUGAAAUGAGUUACGACGCCAUUUUUGUUUCUUCUAAGGACCGGUGUUUUGGAUAGGUGAAUUUAUCGGUAAGAUAACUUUUUUUUGUUUAAUUUUAGUGAUAAUCUACUGUUAUAGGUAGAUAAUUAUCCGGAGUUUGUCUGGAGGUAAUAGAGUUAUCUUGGGGAUAAAUUGGGGUUUAUCGGUAAUGUGUAUACCGGGCUUUAGUAAUUUGAGAAAUUUUGGACAAUACAAUUACAGGGUAGUUUUUUCGAUUGUUGUAUUUAUUCUAUUGAUUGCAAUUUUUACGUUAUGCAUUCGAAAUUGAGUAUAAAAAUCCCUAUCGGUGGACAAAUUGUUACGAUUUUAUGAUUUCUGUUGUUGAUUUUUUUUGAAAUUUCGCUCCUAUUUUUCUACAGAUCGUAAGCAAGUAACGUUUAGGUUUCUUAAAUUAGGUGAAGAAGCACAGAGUCCACUGCACUCUCAAAGAAAAUCGCUUCUCUAGAAUAUUUUAUUUCACCAUUUUUUUUUUGUUUUGUAACGAAGGCUUAAUAUUUUUAAGAAUAAUUCGCCUAUAAAAAAAUGAGUACAACACACGUCUCAGUGCAAUUUUAAUUUAACGUGUUGUGUACAGACUGAUUUAAAAUUUUUAUUAGUUAACGACAAAUUUCUGGCAAUUGAAUUGAAAAUCGAACCAAAAUUUCAAACAAUUCGUACAUCAAUGUAAUUUUCUUGUCUCGAGAGGAAACAUCUAUUGCUCUAAAAAUAUUGCACAAUACCUAAUGACUGCUGGUUCAGUUCUUUAGCUGAACUAAUCCGAUAGUUCAAAUUUGUUAUGAGUUACAUUCGCAAUAAUUUUAAUUGUCUCUUAACCAUAAAUGGCUUAUUUUAGUGCACCUUCACUCGUUUCAAUGCACAAAUGUAUUUCUGCGGAAUAUAAAUUUGAUAUCCCCAAAUAAAAGUUAGUAUUUGCACCGGAUAACAUUGGACUAGGUGCUUUUUGAAGCAUCUUUAAAGUACUUUAAAGCUCUUAAUCCUAUCUAGUGCAAGCUCAACCCAACGAAUUUCGUGUCUUCCAGAAAAUUAUUGUGAUUCUUAAAGAUCUUAAGCCGAGAUUUAGGCGCGUUGUAGUUCCGCCUGUCGCUCGUAAGGGGGCGCGCGGGGGGGUUUGUUAUUAACAGUGGAUUUUGACGGACAUUGUGACGUACGGAAAUAUUUUCCAGUGAUUUUUAUUAUAGAGACUAAUUUUGUUUUUUUUUUUUCGUUUCGUCGGACGGUUGCUGAUGUUAGUUCGCAAACGCUAUUGACUGUAUUGAAUAAAUUGGUGCUACGUCGAAAUUUGUUGGAUAAUUGAAUUCAAUCGGUUUCUCCUGGAAAUUUUUUGUAUUUAUUUUAGCGAUGAAGGUGCAACAAUCGAUACAAUUGAGGAGAAUGUUAGGAUAAACUAGAUCGCGUGGUUUUUUUUUCGGGAAUACCUACAGAUCGGUAGGGAUAGCUGUGGAUGAGAGACGCGGAAUAGUUUGUAACAUUUGUAUAUCGGUAGGAAAUCGCGCAGGUCGCGUCUACAGCUAUUUCUGUCGAGCUGUAUGUAAUAUUUAGGCGACGAUUUUAUCAAAAUUCUUGGAGGGACAGACUUAAGGUAUAUUUUUAAUCGUACUGAUUUUGAAUGUUAGGUAGGCUUAGUAUGUAAUAUUUUUUUUUAUUUGUUGUAUAUACCUAUACGAUAGAAGUGGACUCUGUGUGUAUUUUUGUCUUGUAAAUUUUAUUUGUUAUUUGAAUCCACAAAAGUUUCUAGAUUUUUUACUGUUUAGUAGUAAGCAAUGCAGACCAAAGUGCCUAUUUGUUUGGUCAUGAGAAAAAAAAAUAACAAUACCAAUUUAUUUGGACAUUUUACACGACAUAUUGUAACGUUUUAUAUAUUUAUUGUUUAAAUUUAUUCCAUCACAUUUGUUUUUUAUGCGCAGAACCAAUUUUAUUACUAAUAUUAGGUGUCAACGAAAAGCAUUCUGUUUAAACAAUAUUCGAAGCCUUAGUGUAGCAUUAAUUUAUAUAAUAUUCGGUACAAUUUUGAUAAAAAAAGAAAUUUGUCAAAUUCGAACGAUCUUGACUUACACCUAAUAUAAUCUAUAAAUUAAAUUUAUUCUAGUUAUUAUUCAUUAAAUAACAGAUU